CCGCCUUGAACUUCCUUUCUGGCAGCGGCUAAAUCUACGCCAACAUGCCACUCGCAAAAGACUUGCUGCACCCAACCCCUGAGGAGGAGAGGAGGAGGCACAAGAAGAAGCGUCUCGUUCAGAGUCCCAAUUCUUAUUUCAUGGAUGUCAAGUGUCCAGGAUGUUAUAAGAUCACAACUGUGUUCAGCCACGCACAGACAGUAGUGCUUUGUGUGGGCUGCUCAACUGUGUUGUGUCAGCCCACUGGAGGCAAAGCUCGACUCACAGAAGGAUGUUCCUUCAGAAGGAAGCAGCAUUAAGAUGUUCUCUGGAUGUUUGCUUGGAGAGGGGAAGAGAGAGAUGAUGAUGAUUUGGCCUCCAUGACUGUCGUCUGGUUAUUUCACAGAAACAAGAAAAUAUAACCGAAACACUCUCAAGGACGGGCAGGAAUGUUCACCAAACUGUCACUUUUUUCUCUUUCUGUUUCAGUCUCAAUAAAAUGUUUGGGCUAGAA